AUGGAUCAUCAGAAACUCUACAGAUCCAUUUCCGAACUGGAGCUUCUCGAAAAACGCUCUGGCUAUGAAAUCUGUGUCAAGUUUUGGUCGUUCGAAAUUACUUCAACCAACGUUGCUAUAAGCACCAAAAAUGUAUGUCCGAAACCGACCAGCGACGUGGAUAAUAUGUAAGUUGGCUUUUGGGUUUGGAAAGUGUUUAAAUGUUGAUUUUUUUUAUGUUGUAUCAUAGUAGGCAAAUGGAAAGAACUUUAUUUACAAAACUAAAAAUGACAAAAACUUUCUUUAAAAAUUUAAAAAUGGCAAGAACUUUCUUUACAAAACAAAAAAAUGGCAAAAACUUUAUUUCGAAAAAAAAGUUUUUGUAAGAUUAAACUUUGCUUUUCAGAAGUUUUAAAAAAGCCGAUGUUCCUGGUUAUAGACAAGUACAACAAGUUGUCUUUAUUCCCGAGCAAUUCGAAAAGGUCAUUUAUGUGGCUUUUAGUAAUGGUAAAGAGUAAGUUCAUUAUUUAAAAUUUUUUUUUAUUUUUAAACGGAAAUAAAAAAAAAAUUUUAAGUCUUAAGCCUAAUAUUUCAUUUUUUACCUCAUAAGUUAAAAAAAUAAAAAAAUUUUAAAACCCUGAUUUCAGAGUAAAAUUUGUUGAAAUAUGUACCAACGAAACCUCAAGAACCAUAGACAAACCCACCUCAACAGACGUCAUGUAUGGACUGACCAACACGGACAAACUUCGCCAAGCCUGUAACAGAAACUCACCUUCCUACCACAUUGGAAUCGACUGGUUUCCAUUAGGUGGUGCCAAGUUUGACAUGUGUCGCUUGCGUGAUUUUGGACUUACACACGAUGGAGAGAUCUGGCUAGAUAAGGAGAAAUGUUUGAUUGUGGAAAGCAAGAAUAAUGACAAAGUAUUGGUGGAAAAGAAAUGUGAUAAUGUUAAGGAAUUGCUAUUUUCUAUGGUAAGUUGUUGAGGAAUGUGUGGUUACUCUAUUUUUUGUCUUAAUUGAGGUAUGGUGGAGAGGGGAAGGGGGUUAUUUUUUUAUUUGUAAGUAGAAUAAAACUAAAGGAUUGGGCGCAUUUUUUUGGUGGGUUAGGGUAGAGCAGGGCGGGAUAGGGAAAGAAUCAGCUUUGUUUUACAAUUUUGGCAAAACAACUCUUUCGUUGCGGGACCUAAGCUGAGCUGCUGGAAACUUGGUGUGGACCUCGGCAUUCGGGUUUAAAUAUUUUUACAUAUUUUGGCCCGGUCUUUUUCAAAAUUUUCUUUGGCUUGGCUUGGCCUCUUGUAUGGUCUAUUAUAGACAGAGUUGGAUGGGGGACUUUGCUCUGAAGCGUUAAAAAAUUGGCAAUAAUGCUAGUUUUUCUUAAAUUUUUUUUUUCGGAAAUUGUCUUAUUUUACUCUACCCCAUGCUACACUACCCUACUCUACGUACUCUACUAUACCCUAACUUAAAAUUAACAGGAAGGACAACGUUCCAUUUUUUUCUUAUUUUUUUUUGAUAGAGGCUUCUGUUCUCUCUCCUAGCAUCCAUUAGGUUGUUCACUUAAUUCUGCGCCCCUUCUUAAAACAAAUUUGUGGGGCAAGGGGGCGUAGGAUUAUUUGAACAACUUAAUAUAAUAAAAUCGGUAUAAAAUAGUCAUGUUUUGUUGCUUAUAAACAGUAUUUUCUGUAUGCCCGAUUUCUUGUUUUUAGAAAGCUUUGAAACACCGUGGCGCACUAGAUGUUAACGAAAAAGAUGAAGAACCAACUAACUUUGCACUGUUUUACUACAAAGAGUAAGAUUUUACACAUUUUUUAUGGUAGUAUUGAUUCUAAUAAGGUUUCGUUGGCUCUACUAAUAAUUUUUAAGGUUUGGAUGGUAGUAUAGCUGUUCCAUAUUGAUCAAGCUUAAAAUUUUGUUGGAAUUUAGUGAUUAUGCUUAAGUUUUUGAGAGUAUGUUGAUUAUGCUUAAAGUUAUAAUGACAAUAUUGAUCAUGUUUAACUUUUUUCUAAACUUUUCAUUUUAGGGCAUCAACAGACGAUGUUGUUGUUGUUCAUCCAAAACUGAGCGAAGUUUCACCAAUUUUUGAAGAGUUUGAAGAGAGAGGAGAAGAAAGCUUUAGGUAAGAGUUUAUGUUAUUAUCUAAUAAUAAAAAGGUCUUUAUAGUCAUUUAGAGGCUUUUAAAAUUUUGCAGUUAACUUUAGCUAUUGAUUUCAAGCUUUUCAGCUGGUGGCCUCUAAUCAUCCUUCUGAUUCCUCUACUGCUUUCCAUCGUAGCCUCUAGCAUUACAGCUAUUUGCUUAUGGAGAAGGAAAUCAUCUGCUGAAGUUGUGAUGAACAACGAUAAAGAGUCAGAAUCAAUUAGUGAGGCUUCAGAACAGAAAAGCGACAAAACCGACCAAAAACAAGAGAAAUCACGGUCAGCGGAGGUUGAUGAAUACAAGAACGCACCCAAGUAUUACAUUGCCGACCCAAAACUACCUCCCAAAAAGGUUUCGAAUAUGACCGAGAAAGAGCGGCUACUGCUACAACCACCUUCGUCUCAGUCUUCGGUCUCACUAAAAGUUCCAGAUAUAAAAGCAAUGGUCUAG